CCCCUUUAUAAACCCUUCCUUUCCCUUCCCUUCCCCCCCAAGCCCAGCUCGUCCUCCUCAAACCUAGCCAGCCAUGGCUGCCGCCUCCCCCUCCAAGGCCGCCAUUGCCACUCUCUGCCUCCUCCUCCUUUCCACCCUCUCCACCGCCUGCGAUCCCUGCCACCCCAAGCCCAAACCCAAGCCCAAGCCCACCUGCCCCCCUCCGCCGGCAGUCGUUCCCCCGCCCUCGCCCCCGUCCUGCCCCAGAGACACCCUCAAACUCGGCGUCUGCGCCGACCUCCUCGGCCUCGUCCACGUUGUCGUCGGCUCGCCGGCGUCCAGCCCGUGCUGCGCGCUGCUCCAGGGCCUGACGGAUUUGGAGGCGGCGCUCUGCCUUUGCACCGCCGUUAAGGCCAAUGUGCUCGGCAUCAACUUGGACAUCCCCGUCACGCUCAGCUUGCUGCUCAGCGCCUGCGAGAAGUCGGUCCCGCCGGGCUUCCAGUGCGGCUAGUUAGGCUGGCAGAAAAAUCGAAUUAGUGGCUCUUUUAAUCGAAUCAAACGGUUGGCUUGUUUGUCAAUUUCGCUGGCUAUAGAAUGAGGAGUGGAUAUAUAUAUUAUAUAUAUUAAUUGUGGCUCUUUGCAUGGCUUACUAGCUAGAUCUUCAUCUUCAUGUCUUUCUUUAACUUUCCAGCUGGGUUGUCAAUCUGUUUUUAGUAAUAACAUGGGCAAGAUGCUUUGCCUUGGUGAUAUCAAUUAAUAAUGUGUAAUCGUCGGUUAAUUAUUAUGUAAUGACUCGUUUGAUAUCUCUGAAUUUAUAAUUUGUUGUAAAUUGAGCUGUAUUCAUUGAUGAAUUAUAUAUAAAUUUUAUAUUGAUAUUUUUAAA